AUGACACUUCCACCCACCAGUGUCCGCUCCUUCGACAACACUCGUAGCGAGACGAUCCAGUUCCACACACCUCUUACAUUGAUUGUCGGUUAUAACGGCUCAGGAAAGACGACCAUCAUCGAAUGUCUCAAAUAUGCCACCACCGGCGAUCUUCCGCCCAACAGCAAGGGUGGUGCUUUCAUCCACGACCCAAAGCUCUGUGGAGAGAAAGAAGUGUUGGCCCAGGUGAAACUGUCGUUCAAAAGCACAUCUGGAGCGAAGAUGGUAGCGACACGAAGCUUACAACUCACGGUGAAGAAAACGACCAGACAACAGAAGACAUUGGAGGGCCAACUUCUGAUGAUCAAGGAUGGCGAGAGAACAGCUAUCUCAUCUCGCGUGGCAGAGCUCGAUCAAAUCAUGCCUCAGUAUCUCGGUGUGUCCAAGGCUGUCCUGGACUCGGUCAUUUUCUGCCAUCAGGACGAAAGUCUGUGGCCCAUGAGUGAACCAUCGGUAUUGAAGAAGAAGUUCGAUGAGAUUUUUGAAGCCAUGAAAUAUACAAAAGCCAUCGACAACAUCAAGGCUCUACGGAAAAAGCAGAAUGAAGAGCUUGCUAAAUACAAAAUUAUGGAACAGCAUGCGAAGGAAGACAAGGAGAAAGCUGAUCGCGCAGAGAAACGAUCUAUCAAGCUCCAGGAUGAGAUCGAGGCGCUGCGUGUCGAAACCCAUCAGCUCUCCCAGGAGAUGCGUCGUGUCGCCGAGCUUGCUGAUAAGGCAUGGAAGGAAUCGGAGAGUUAUGCGCAGGUUCUCGGAUCCUUGGAAGGAAAGCGCAUCGAAGCAAAGAGUCUCCAGUCGACUAUUGAUAAUUUGAAACGACAUCUCGUUGAGCUUGAUGACCCGGAUGAGUGGCUGCAAUCAAAUCUCGAGCAAUUCGAGUCCAGACAGCUCCAAUACCAACAACAAGAGGAAGCUCAGAAGGAAAAUUAUAUGGAAAUUAAGGAUCGAAUCGAACAGACCCGUCAGAGGCUGGGUGUUAAACAAGCGGAGUAUGGAAAAUACGAGAAUGACAAAGCCAACUUUGAACGCCAGGUAGAGAGGAGACAGAGAAUGACCCGGGAAAUCGCUCGCAGCCACAACAUCCGAGGGUUUGAUAGUAUCCAGGACCAGGCCGACAUCGAUGACUUCAUGCGAAAGAUCCGGAAGCUGCUGAAGGAGCAAAACCAAGCUCUGGACCGCGUGAAACGAGAGGCGCAGACUGAGCUACGAGAAGUGCAGUCUACCUUGAAUGAGAUUGGACAGCGAAAGUCUGCAUUGCAGGAAAGCAAGAAUGCGGCCAAGCGACAAAUCGCCUCAAAUGACCGGGAAGCCGCCAAUUACCAGGGAAAGCUCAACGAAAUUGAUGUGGAUGAAGGUGUCCAGGCUGCACUCGAAGCAAACAUUGAGGAUAUUUCCUCUCGACUGACCGAAGCUAAGGAUCGCGCGCGAUCUGCUUCGUGGGAUAAGGAGAUUCAGGACCUGAAUUUGGAAAUCCAGAACCUCGAGGACGAGAGCUCACGACUCAAUGCUGAAUUGAUCGAAGCCACAAAACGUGCUGGUGAUUUCGCCCGGUUGGAUCAUUUGAAGAGGGAGCUGAAAGAGCGGGAGCGUAGCUUAGAGACCAUGAAAGGUGCUCACGGCGAACGUCUUGCAAAGUUCGUCGGCUCCAACUGGAAUCCUGCCAGUCUCGAGCAAGACUUUCAGCGUGUCUUGGAAGAGCAAUCUAGGGACCUCUCCAAGGCUGAGAGCCAACGUGAUGGAGUGAGCAGAGAAUUGGAACAGGUUGAAUUCAAACUGAAGACUGCCAAGAAGACAUUGACUCAGCGGCAAAAGGAGCUCAGCAGUUGUGCCAAAGAGAUUCGAGAAGCCAUCAAUGAAGACCCCGAGGAGUAUCCCGAAGUACUGAGGCAACGACAAGCGCAGCUAGAUGUUGCCAGGAGGGAUGCGGAGCAGACUGCUGGAAUCGGUGACUACAUGAUGCGUUGUCUUGAAACCGCCAGGCAGGCUAAAGUCUGUAGACUGUGCUCAAGGACGUUCAAGGAUGAUGCAGAAUUCACGGUCUUCAGAAAGCGUUUAGAGGGUCUUGUGAAGAAAGCACAAUUAAAUGUGGAAGAGGAGGGGGUUGAGAGAUUUGAAUCCGAACUCGAUACUGCGCGGGCAGCUAGCACAUCCUAUGAUACAUGGACUCGUCUUUCGAAGACAGAGAUUCCUGAUCUAGAGAAGGAGGAAGAUCAAUAUGUUCUCCAACGCGAUGAGCUCCUGGACCAACUCGAGAAUCACGACAAGAUUGUUGGCGAAAAGGCCGAGAAGAAGAGAGAAGUUGAGGCUCUCUCCAAAACCGUUAACACCAUUGCGAGAUAUGACAGCGAGAUCAAGACUAUUCGGUCUCAGAUCCAGGACCUUUCGGCGAAACAGAAAGACACAGCUGCCGCACGCACCCUUGAGGACAUUCAAGAAGAAAUCGCUGGUAUUGGCGAAAAGUCUAGAACUCUCAAGAAGUCACUGGCGAAGCUCUCCAAUGACAGAGAGCAGGCCCGGACAGAGAUGAACAAUCUGGAGUUGCAACUCCGAGACGCGAGAAGCAAGCUUGACAACACAAAGUUCCAGCUCGAGAGGAAAGCAGACCUACUUUCUCGCAUUGAGGAAUACAAGAACCUCAAUAAUCAGCAACGAGAAGCAAUUGAAAAGGCUGACAGGGAUAUCGAGGAAUUGACACCGGAACUUCUCAAAUACCAAGCUCAGUACGACGAUAUUACCCAACGGGUUGAGGGCCGAGAGAGAGAGUUGCAACAAGGCAUCAAUCAACUGUCCGAAAAUAUCCGCCAGUUGGACGUGGCCACGGAAGAGAUUGAUUCUUACAAUGAACGAGGCGGCCCCAGUCAACUAGAGAGAAGUAGACGGGAGUUGCAAACGAUUGAGAAUGAAAUCAGCCAGCUCGAAGCCGAACAAGGGAACAUCACAAAAGAGAUCAACAAGAUAUCUGCGCAGCUCAAGGACAGCGAAAACACAAAACGUCAAUACUCUGACAACUUGACAUAUCGUCAAGCGACCCGAACACUGGCAGAAGUUUCAGCGGAAGUUGAGCAGCUGGCAGCUCAGAAUGCCGAUGUUGAUCGCAGCCGCUUCAAGGACGAAUCGGAGCGUCGAACUCGUGAACAUAACGCGCUGGCUGCAAAGCAAGCAAGCAAGAUGGGAGAGAUGAAAUCCAAGGAUGAUCAGUUGAUGCAGCUCCUAGCGGAUUGGAACACGGACUACAAGGACGCCACGUCGAAGUACAAGGAGGCGCACAUCAAGGUGGAAACCACUAAAGCUGCCGUCGAUGAUCUUGCCCGGUAUGGUGGUGCUUUGGACAAAGCCAUCAUGAAGUAUCACUCCCUAAAGAUGGAGGAGAUCAACGCAAUCAUCGGCGAACUCUGGCAGAAGACCUACAGGGGCACCGACGUCGACACGAUUCUCAUCCGCUCCGACAACGAAAACGCCAAGGGCAACCGAUCCUACAACUACCGCGUCUGUAUGGUCAAGCAGGGCGCCGAGAUGGACAUGCGCGGACGCUGCAGUGCCGGGCAGAAAGUGCUGGCGAGCAUCAUCAUCCGCCUGGCCCUGGCGGAAUGCUUCGGCGUCAACUGCGGCCUGAUCGCACUCGACGAGCCGACCACCAACCUCGACCGCGACAACAUCCGCUCUCUUGCCGAGUCCCUGCACGACAUCAUCCGCACGCGGCAGCAGCAGGCCAACUUCCAGCUCAUUGUGAUCACCCAUGACGAAGAAUUCCUGCGUCACAUGCAGUGCGGAGACUUCAGCGACUACUACUAUCGCGUGUCACGCAAUGAGAAACAGAAGUCGAUUAUUGAGAGGCAGUCUAUCGCCGAGGUUAGUCUCUUCUCUCCCCCCAAGGUAUGCAAUUGUACGAAGAAUGGGCUGACGGAUCCUAGGUCAUGUAAAUUCCACAGCCCAUGCACUCUACUGUUCGAGGCUGCGGUGCCACCCGUAUCUCGUGACUGGUCGACCCUAUGCUGUUACGACCAAGUCAGAGCCCAGGCACUUGGACGAACCCUCGACUUGCUUUCUUUGUACAUUAGUAGCUACAUUCUACGGCCUUUUGAGCUACAUGUUUGCUUCGCAUACCCGCGUUAA